AUGCUGCUAAGUCGCUCAGCUGAAAGGCUUUCACGAUGUGCUCCUAAGCCGCGCUUCUAUUCCGGUCCCCCACCCUGGCGACCUGUCUCCGCCUUGGACGAAUGGGUUGAACGCCAGAUUCGCCCCAUAAGUCUUCGCCAGUUGACCUUUUUCGGCCGUACCUUGACCGAACCGCGUCUCAUCAGCUCCGCAAAUUAUGUGCGGACCGAGCUGCCCACCCGCCUUGCGCAUCGCCUCCGUGAUAUUCAGCAGCUCCCCUACGUGAUCGUCUCCAACCCGCAUCUGUCGCUAGUCUACGAAUUGUACUAUAAAGCCUUCGAGCGGUUUCGGGUCGUACCUGAAAUCUGCAGCCUCGACGAUAAUGACCGUUUCUGUGAUAUUCUCCGUCAAACGCUCAAAGAGCAUCUGGUCAUCAUCCCCAACCUCGCCAUGGGGGUGCUAGAAUGCCAAGAACUCAUGCCACCGGACGAUAUGGACCGUUUUAUGAACACUCUGCUGCGAGCGAGGAUUUCCCGCCGGGUCAUCGCCGAGCAACACCUCGCCCUCACCGAUACCUUCAACUCACCAUGGCACUUCCCAGACUCGCACGAGCGAACCGACAUGAACGCAGAUUUUGUCGGCGAAGUCUUCCUCAAAUGCAAGGCAAAAGAGGUCGUCGAUCGCUGCGGGAAAGUCGCGCAGGAAUUGAUGCGACAGACCUCCCAAUCUGCCCAGAUCCCCGCCAUCAACGUCCGCGGCCAUCUGGACGCCACCUUCCCAUAUAUACUGAGCCACUUGGAGUAUAUCAUCGGCGAACUCCUGCGUAACUCUGUUCAAGCGGUUGUCGAGAAAUACCACGACUCGUCGUCACCGCCGCCGCCCAUCGAGGUACUUGUCUGCGAAACCCCACAACACGUGAUCAUGCGCAUCUCGGACCAGGGCGGCGGCAUCCCCCGGGAAAUUCUUCCAUAUUUGUGGUCCUUCAGCAAGGGACCACGCACGCAGACUCGACUGGAAAAUCUAGGCAAGGUGCCCGCCAUGGCUGCGACUAUGCAAGAGCUCAAAGUGUCGGAACGGGAUCGCAAACAUGAUCGUGAGACCUGGCACGAGGGGUCACUGGAUACCUUGACAUCGCGGCAUCCUAACCUUCGUCUGGGCAUGGGGUUACCUAUGAGUCGGGUCUAUGCUGAGUAUUGGGCAGGCAGUCUCGAACUUCAUAGUUUGGAAGGCUAUGGGGUGGAUGCGUUUCUGCAAAUCUCCAAGCUAGGCAACAAGAACGAACAGGUGACCACGCGGGCGGCGAUUGAUGCUGUGUGA